GUUGGACUCGGAGAGUUUGUUCGGUGGCCGUGGCAGACGGAGGUGCAACGAUAACCCCGGCAGCGGCACGAUGGACGACUCUAAAGUGAAGGUGGCGGUGCGGGUCCGGCCAAUGAACCGACGAGAAAUUGACUUACAUACCAAAUGUGUGGUGGAUGUUGAAGCAAACAAAGUUAUUCUGAAUCCUGUAAAUACAAAUCUUUCCAAAGGAGAUGCCCGGAGCCAGCCGAAGAUAUUUGCAUAUGAUCACUGUUUCUGGUCCAUGGAUGAAUCCGUCCGAGAGAAGUAUGCAGGUCAAGAUGAUGUUUUCAAGUGCCUUGGGGAAAACAUCCUUCAGAAUGCAUUUGAUGGCUACAACGCCUGUAUCUUUGCCUACGGGCAGACAGGGUCUGGAAAGUCUUACACCAUGAUGGGCACAGCCGACCAGCCAGGACUAAUCCCCAGACUCUGCAGUGGACUCUUCGAGCGGACCCAGAAAGAGGAGAGUGAAGAGCAGAGCUUUAAAGUCGAAGUAUCCUACAUGGAGAUUUAUAAUGAGAAAGUUCGAGACCUUCUUGACCCCAAAGGAAGCCGUCAAACUUUGAAAGUGAGAGAGCACAGUGUGUUGGGACCCUACGUGGAUGGACUUUCUAAACUGGCUGUCACAAGCUACAAGGAUAUCGAGUCUCUGAUGUCCGAGGGCAACAAGUCUCGCACAGUUGCUGCAACCAACAUGAAUGAGGAAAGCAGCCGGUCCCACGCAGUCUUCAAGAUCACCCUGACACAUACUCUGUACGAUGUGAAGUCUGGGACAUCUGGAGAGAAAGUGGGCAAGCUGAGCUUAGUGGAUUUAGCUGGGAGCGAACGAGCCACAAAAACUGGAGCUGCGGGCGACAGGCUGAAGGAGGGCAGCAACAUCAACAAGUCUCUCACAACCCUGGGUCUGGUUAUCUCGGCCCUAGCUGAUCAGGGCGCUGGCAAAAACAAAAAUAAGUUUGUUCCCUACCGGGACUCAGUUCUCACGUGGCUUCUCAAGGACAGUCUGGGGGGAAAUAGCAAGACCGCCAUGGUGGCCACUGUGAGCCCAGCCGCUGAUAACUAUGAUGAAACCCUCUCAACCCUGAGGUAUGCAGAUCGAGCCAAGCACAUUGUCAACCAUGCUGUGGUGAACGAGGAUCCUAAUGCACGGAUCAUCCGAGAUCUCCGAGAAGAGGUGGAGAAGCUCCGUGAGCAGUUGACCAAGGCUGAGGCAAUGAAAUCUCCAGAGCUGAAAGACCGUCUGGAAGAAUCCGAGAAGCUCAUCCAGGAAAUGACUGUGACCUGGGAGGAGAAACUAAGGAAAACCGAGGAGAUUGCACAGGAGCGGCAGAAGCAGCUUGAGAGCCUCGGGAUAUCUCUUCAGACUUCUGGAAUCAAAGUUGGCGAUGACAAGUGCUUCCUGGUUAACCUGAAUGCUGACCCUGCUCUGAAUGAACUCCUGGUGUACUACUUAAAGGAGCACACACUGAUAGGGUCAGCAAAUUCCCAGGACAUCCAGCUCUGCGGGAUGGGCAUUCUUCCCGAGCACUGUAUCAUAGACAUCAUGCCUGAAGGCCAGGUCAUGCUGACCCCUCAGAAGAACACCAGGACAUUUGUCAAUGGGUCUUCUGUCUCCAGCCCCAUCCAGCUGCACCAUGGGGACAGGAUUCUCUGGGGAAACAACCAUUUCUUCAGACUCAAUCUGCCAAAAAAGAAAAAGAAAGUCGAACGAGAGGAUGAGGAGCAUGAUGCUUCCCUGAAGAACGACAGCAGCUAUGAGCAUCUGGAUGCUGACGGGGACUCUUCCAGUGAGGUGUCCAGCGAGAUCAACUUCAACUUUGAGUAUGCACAGAUGGAGGUGACCAUGAAGGCACUGGGCAGCAAUGAUCCAAUGCAGUCCAUAUUGAACAGCCUAGAGCAGCAGCAUGAGGAGGAAAAGCGAUCGGCUCUAGAGCGCCAGAGGCUCAUGUACGAACACGAACUGGAACAGCUCCGAAGAAGGCUGUCUCCUGAGAGGCAGAACUGCCGUGGUGUGGACCGGCUCUCCUUCCACUCGCCCAGUGCCCAGCAGCGCUUGAGACAGUGGGCUGAGGAGAGAGAAGCAACAUUGAAUAACAGCUUGAUGAGGCUAAGGGAACAGAUUGUAAAGGCCAACCUACUGGUGCGAGAAGCUAGUUACAUUGCAGAGGAGCUGGAUAAAAGAACUGAGUACAAAGUUACCCUCCAGAUUCCAGCCUCCAGCCUGGAUGCCAACAGGAAGCGAGGCUCUCUCCUCAGUGAACCUGCCAUCCAGGUGAGAAGAAAAGGAAAAGGAAAGCAGAUUUGGUCUUUGGAAAAGCUGGAAAACAGGCUCUUGGAUAUGAGAGACCUCUACCAGGAGUGGAAGGAGUGUGAAGAAGACAGCCCAGUCACCCGGUCCUACUUUAGGCGUGCUGACCCAUUCUACGAUGAGCAGGAGAAUCACAGCCUAAUUGGUGUGGCCAAUGUCUUCCUGGAGACCCUGUUUUAUGACGUGAAGUUACAGUAUGCUGUGCCAAUCAUCAACCAGAAGGGAGAGGUGGCAGGCCGGCUGCAUGUGGAGGUGAUGCGACUCAGCGGGGCUAUUGGGGAGAGGAUCGUAGGAGGAGAGGAUGCUGCAGAGGUCAGCUCUGACAAGGACGCCCAGGAGAACAGGCUGGUUUGCAUGGUUAAAAUACUACAAGCCACAGGAUUGCCGCAGCAUCUGUGCCACUUUGUGUUCUGCAAAUACGACUUCUGGGAUCAGCAGGAGCCAGUGACUGUUGCCCCCGAAGUGGAUACCUCUUCGUCUCCCACCAGCAAGGAGCCACAGUGUAUGGUUGUGUUCGAUCAUUGCAGUGAGUUCAAUGUUAACAUCACAGAAGACUUCAUUGAGUACCUCUCAGAUGGGGCACUGGCCAUUGAAGUCUAUGGGCAUAAAAUGACUGAUCCUCGGAAGAACCCAGCCCUGUGGGAUUUGGGAAUCAUCCAAGCAAAGACAAGGAGUCUUCGGGACAGGUGGAGUGAAGUCACCAGGAAGUUGGAAUUCUGGGUUCAGAUCUUGGAACAGAAUGAGAAUGGUGAAUACUGUCCCGUGGAAGUGAUAGCUGCAAAAGAUGUCCCAACAGGAGGGAUCUUCCAACUCCGACAGGGGCAGUCUCGGCGAGUUCAAGUUGAAGUGAAGUCCGUGCAGGAGUCAGGGACUUUACCACUGAUGGAAGAGUGCAUAUUGUCAGUUGGCAUUGGGUGUGUGAAAGUUAGACCACUCAGGUCCCCUAAGAUCCACGAGACCAGUCAUGAGGAAGAGGAGGACAUGGACAGCUACCAGGAUAGGGAUCUAGAGAGGCUGCGUAGAAAAUGGCUGAAUGCAUUAACCAAGCGUCAAGAAUACUUGGAUCAGCAACUGCAGAAGCUCGUCAGUAAACAUGGUAGGAAGAACAAGUUGGACAUUUCCCUCCCUGUGGCAGUGCAGCCAAGGCAUCUUAUCCAUAGCCCUCUUGUAACCGCUGAGGGCCCAGUGUGGUGGACCCCAGUGCCUGGAAUGGAGAACCACAUUCCUGUCAUAUUCCUUGACCUAAAUGCGGAUGAUUUCAGCUCUCAGGAUAAUCUCGAUGACCCAGAAGCCGGAUGGGAUGCUACCCUGACUGGGGAAGAGGAGGAGGAGUUCUUUGAGCUGCAGAUUGUGAAGCAAUACGAUGGUGAGGCGAAGGCAGAGGCCUCCUGGGACUCUGCAGUGCACAGCUGUCCUCAGCUCAGUAAGGGUACUCCUGCUGAUGAGCGAGUGUUCCUCAUCCUGCGAGUGACAGUCCAGCUCAGCCAUCCUGCCGACAUGCAGCUGGUCCUACGCAAGAGGAUUUGUGUCCAUGUUCAUGGGCGCCAGGGCUUUGCUCAAAGUCUCCUCAAAAAGAUGUCUCAUCGGAGCUCUAUUCCUGGCUGUGGAGUGACCUUUGAGAUUGUCUCCAAUAUUCCAGAGGAUGCCCAGGGAGUAGAGGAGCGAGAGGCACUGGCAAGGAUGGCAGCUAAUGUGGAAAACCCAGCUUCUGCCGACUCCGAGGCCUAUAUUGAGAAGUACUUAAGGAGUGUGCUGGCUGUGGAAAACCUCCUGACUUUAGAUCGCCUUCGUCAGGAAGUGGCCGUGAAGGAGCAGCUGACAGGGAAAGGGAAGCUGAACCGGAGGAGUAUUAGUUCACCCAGCAUGAACAGGUUGUCUGGAAGCCGGCAGGAGCUUAGCCCCUCCCACAGUCUGGGCAGCAACAAGGGCCGGUGGGAAAGUCAACAGGAUGUAUCUCAAAUACUAGUUUCCAGCAGAAUAACUUCAAGUCCUCCAGCUCACCCUGUUUCUCCCCAGAAUAAUCAGUCUCCUGAUCCUGGACUAGGUGGCAUAGCAGCCUCUUACUUGAACCCAGUGAAGUCCCUGGUACCACAGAUGCCAAAGCUGCUGAAGUCACUCUUCCCUGUCCGUGACGACAGAAGAGCCAGACAGUCAUCUCCCCUUGCACACCAGCCUGUGCCCCGAAUCUUGGUGCAGCCUACCUUCUCAGAUGCCCGGGCAACGAGGACAGAGGAGGCUCAAGGAGGCAGCCCAGUGCCUGGUGGGGCUUUGGAGUCUGUGGUGCAGAUGGCGGCCCCUGCAGUAAAGAUCUGUGACAAACCUGUCAAAGUGUCUUCCUCGCCAUGUACCAUGGUGGUUACUCAGCCCGCAGAAGGGCAAGAUGGCCCCCCCAGUCCCUUGAGUGAAGCUUCCAGUGGCUACUUUUCCCACAGCGUCUCCACUGCCACCCUGUCAGAAACAUUCACCCUAGGCCUGGACACCACAGGCCCUGGCAACCAGACACCUGGGUCUCCCCCUGCCCUGAGUCAGGUCACCCCAGAGCCUGAGGUGGCUUUCCUCUCCUGUUCUAAGAGCCAUCCACCUGCCCUGGAAGAGCCCCAGGUACUGCCUGCCACAGCUUCUCAAAGCAUAGAGCUGGAGGUUCCCAGACCACCCCUUCUUUCUGAACCUACGUCUACUGUACCCACAUCCCCAUUCAGAAUCCGGAAAGUGCGGACCUCAGAGCUUAAGUCCUUCACAGGCAUGCUGGGGGGUGCCUCUUCUGGAGCUGAGGAGGACCCACUGGCUUCAGAAGAGCCCAGCCAUGCUGGGGGACAAGCCCUGGGGAGGCUAGAAGUGACAUCUGACUCUGAGGAGGCCAGCGAAGUCCCUGAGUGGCUCAAGGAGGGAGAGUAUGUUGUUGUGGGCACCAGCAAGACCGGCAUCGUGAGGUACAUUGGACCCACUGACUUCCAGGAGGGGACAUGGAUUGGUGUGGAGCUGGACCUGCCUUCAGGAAAGAAUGAUGGCUCCAUCGGCGGGAAGCAGUAUUUCAAGUGCAGCCCUGGCUAUGGGCUGCUGGUGAGACCAGGCCGAGUCCGCAGGGCUACAGGCCCUGGGCGCAGGCGCAGUGCAGGGCUCCAGCCUCAGGGAGCCCCAGAGGCCCGCAGGAGUGCUACCAUCUCGGGCUCUGCCACCAACCUGGCCUCACUGACAGCUGCAUUGGCCAAGGGCGACAGGAGCCACAAGAAUCCUGAGAACCGGAAGUCCUGGGCCAGCUGAAUUACACCCCACUCCUGGUGGACACUGAUGGGAAGGGGGAGACCUUCUGGUACCUCCCUGGAGGACGCCCUUUCCAUGGGAGCAGGGCCAUGAAUGCUUUUUGCACGAUGCAGGGAUGGUGGGCAACCUGGUUCUCCGUCCUCCCUGGGAAUCUGGAGCUGCAUUUCUUCCUCUACUUGAUGAAGGCAGAGGCUCCUCAGCUGCGCUUCUCCAGCUGGGGUGGAAGGUUUUGGGAGCCCAGAGACUUUGAGGGAUGGUUGUUGGCUGGCAGGGCUAGAGUCAGGCCAGUUCCUCCCUGCCUGCUUGAAAUGGGGGGGGGGGUCCCAGCCAGGUUUGUUGGGCUCCCCUUUUCCUUAUUCUGCUGACUUUACUAAUGUCUUAAUUUAAAUAAUGACCCCAACUAGUGUCUUGCCCCUCCAUAGACAGGAGUUCCCUCUUGUGCCCGGGGAGCAGCCCGCACCGCUCUCUGUGCAUCAGUCUCCCUAACCCAUGUCCAUCCUUCUGCGUGGCACACGGGGUUGCUGGGAGUCAUCUUGGCUGGUGUCCAGUCUUUACACCAGAAAGUCUCUCCUUUUGGCUAUUCAUUCCCUAACAGGAUGCUUGAACUGUAUUUAUUUAAUUUAUUCUUUUCAAAAGCUGAAAUAAUCAGUGACCCACAGCCGCUGCCUGUCCCAGCUUAUCUGCCUAGGGCCCACCUUGCACUCACUGCCUCUGACUGCUUGGAGCCUGCAGCCUUUUGGAGGGUGGCUGGAGGGGGCCAGCAGAUGAAGCCACUCUUCUGUUGCUAGAUUGCAGAUACACCAUGGCCUUAUUGUCACCUGGGUGAAGGCAGGCCCAGGGGCUUGACACAGCUCAAGCCCUUAGUACCUUGUUUCAGGAAACAGCUGGAUAGUGUUUGACUCAGGGCAGUUCCUAAACCCUGAAUACACCUGUGGGCCACCAGCUGGGCAGGCAGCGGUGAGGGGAGAACUGCCCUCCAUUUUCCUUCCUUGGAUAUAUGCUGCAGUCAGGGUAGAGCCCAGGACAUGACCACCUCCUCCCUGGAAUGUGUGUGUGUGAGCUGAGCAGGCAGAUCGAAGCCACCCAGUCCUGUUGUCCCAGGGUCUGCCCUGUUCUUCAGCUCAGAAUGGAAGUUAUUCUUGGCAGCUUGUUGUAAGUUUUGACCCUCAGAGUCUUUGAUUUUUCGAGACAGGGUUUCUUUGCAUAACAGUCCUGGUUAUCCUGGAACUUUGUAGAACAGGCUGGCCUCAAACUCUCUGACCCUUAAGAACCACCCCCAGAAGGCUUUUGUUGGGGAAUGGGUUUAGUGGCCCUUUCAGCUGGCAUUUUGGGGAUCCCCUCUAGAUGUGUGUUGCUGAGUUAGCACUGCCAGUUCUGCCUGGCUUGUUCUUGGGGCCAGCACAGAAGUUCUCAAUUGUGUUUCAGUUAGAGGUUUUGUCCAGUCAGCGUCCAUGGUGUCCCCCAGAGAGCAGUGCAGUCAUUCUCUGAAGGGGCCAGAAUCCCAGAGUACCUCCUCCCUCUGGGGCGGCCAUGCAGUGUGUGCUAGGGAGAGCAGUUCCUGUAGGCAUAAGGCCAGUAUUGUUAUGCUGGGGGAAGGGACAUUAUGCCAUCUGUCACUAAAACAGGAUGUAAAGGGACUGCUGACUUCAUCUUGUUAGCUGGGGCUCUCCAGAGCAGUGCAAGUCCUGAGUGAUCCAGCUCGACCAGCUGUUGUCUGGUGGUUCUGGGACCUUCUCUCCUUCCAGCCCACUUUCCUCCCAGCUCCUUGGAUCUGAGGUUCCCCAGCCCUCCCCACUCCCAAGCUGCUGAAAAGCACCAUUCCCACGGGGCCCUGCAGUACAGCCUUCAGGUGAAGAGCUCCAGCUUCCUAGGUAGCUGGCCCAAACACGGCCAGGACUGCUCCGCCCUCAAGUGGUUGGCGCUGGGACCCAACUGUGGGGCUGUGUUUUGUAAGGGCGCUCCUCGCUCUCAUGUACCUUGGUGCUUCACGCCUUUAAUGGGAGUGAAGUUUGGAGCCUUAUGCUGGCAAGUUUAUCUUCAUGGGUGUUUCUUAUGAGCCGUCCCUGCAGCUGAGAGGACCCUGUGUAUGUGUCUGCUGUGAGGGUAGGGAGGUAGCCGCAGGAAAGCUAGUGCUUCAGGGUGGGUCUGAAGAGAUGGAGCCUAGGUCUUUGCAGGCCUGCAGGGCUUGCUGCACCCUCAUGUCCCCUACUGACUGGGCUAUACUAGAUGAGGCCACACGGGCCAGCUGCAGCCUCGAUCUGUUACUCAAUGCCUUUCUGGAGCAGGCCGACACUAACUUGCAGCUGGAAAGUGGUGAUGUACAGGGGUCAUGGUUGCUAAAAUAUCAGGUAGUGGGUGUGUAGUUGGGGCCCAGGACUAAGGGGCAGAGGGCCAUUGUUUCUGGGUUGGGGUUAGGGACAUGGCCCCUGAGGAGCUGCAGAGAUAUAGAUGGUGUCUCCACAUCUGUGGUCUUCCCCACCACUUCUCAUACCUUAGAGGCUCCAUGUGGGAAGCAGGUGAGUGGCUCACACAGCAUUAACCUACCUGCCCAAGCUGCCUGUGUAUGCGGUGUGUUGUGCAUGGAGGGUGAUUUGAAGCUUCUUGUGCCUCAAGGCCCAGGCCACCUCAGGUCGAGACUAUAGGGCCAUCUCUAGUGCCUUCCUUGGGGCCAGUGUCUAGCCUGUGCUUCCAGCCCCAGACACUACCCAAAGCAUCUUUCUCUUAAAAUCUGUGGUGCCUUCCUGGUGGGCUGUGGAUAUCCAUGGUGUGGGAGAGUUGGGAACAGCACGGGUGUGUGGAUCAUAUAAAUACGAGCUCACAUGAAGUGAUGUUGAUUCCAGGAUUACAGUGAUUUGGUGCAUAUUAAAUGGGAAUUAAAAAUCCAAAGACUCUGUAAUGAAUAGUAAAGGUGAUGAUUUAUGUUGUACGAUGAACCAAACUACUGUAAUUUUGUACCAUAAAUGCCUUUCUAUCAAGUGACCAACAGCUUCUAAAUAAAGCCAGAUGGUUUCU